GGCUAAGGAAGUUGGUGUUGAACACUUUUAAACUUUCAAUUUAUUUAUCUUAUUAAGUUUAUAUUCGGUGCAAAUAGUUUAAACAUUAGUAUAUUAAAAUUGCUGUUUUCAUAAAUGCGUGAUUUUGUAACUCCUUGUGCAAAUGAUAUAUUAGAAAAAGGAAAAAAAAAUUAAUAUUCAGGGCAGGGGAUUCCAAUGUUAGUAUAUAAUAUAUAUAUAAAGAAAGUAUUGCAUUCAAAAUUUCCAUUUGAUAACAAUUUCUAUCCUUCUUCUUUCCAUUCAUUUCCCGCUCCCGCCUUACAAAAUGACCACACUCAACGUCCUCGGCAAUUCCAAAACUGAAGAAUCAAGAGCAAUAGAAGGAACAGAAGCAGACACAGCAGAUUUAUUCUCAGUGUUUCGCGGCUGCGUGGUGGAAGGUAGAUGGGACUACGUGAUCCCCGCCUACGAGAACAACAGCAUCUUCCACAAGAUCAACAUCAACGAUACCAGAGGCACGGCGUUGCACGUCGCCGUCAACGAUGGCAAAUCGGACCUCGUCAGCCACCUUGUCACCGCCAUCGUCGACCACGAACACGGAACACAAUUCGGCGUCGAGAGCGCGUUGAGGUCGAAGAACGAGAAUGGCGAUACGCCUCUGCACUUAGCCGCGUCGCGAGGGUUCGUCGGAAUGUGCAGGUGCAUCGUAGGGGAAAAUGGGGAGCGGAAGGAGCUGAUUCGUGCCAUGAAUCACAAGGGGGAGACGCCGCUGUUUAGGGCUGUGCUCACGUGCCAGACGCAGACGUUUGUUUACCUGCAUCAUGUUUCUAAGCAUGAUUCCAAUGUGCCGCUCAGGAACAACGACGGUGAUAGCAUCCUCCACCGUGCAAUUCGGAGAGAGUUUUUUGAUUUGGCGAUUAUAAUAGUUCAUUGCUAUCCUGGACUCGUCGAUACGCGGAACAAAGAUGGAGUUACUCCUCUCAAAACUCUUGCUACUAGGCCUUCAGCAUUCAAGAGUGGAAAUAAUUUAUCAUGGUGGAAGAAAAUUCUGUACCAUUGUAUACUCUUAGACCCUCUUGAUGCAAAGAAAGCAAUGAAGUCGUAUUUGGAGACAAUUGACAAGUCUGAUGACCAUGAACACAAAGUUACUAUAAAUUCAGAAAAUGAACCCAAAAAAGUAGAACAUGCUCGUGUUCCACCAAAGCAUGCCACCUCUCUUCAGUCCAGAUACAACGCUCUUCGGUCAGUAUUCAGUAGUGGCGACCUCUCACAAUUAGAUUUAUCAGUAGUGGACUUAAAAGCAAUAAAGAAGAUCAAGCAGAAGCACAUUUGGGGUGAUCAGCUCUUGAGAUUUUUUAUGGAAAAACCUUAUGAGUCCUACAUGGGAAUUACUGGGGCAUUUGAGAGAGAUGACUUUGAAGACAAAGACGUGACACAGCCCUUUAUUAGCACACAACAGUUAGAAAGUUUGCAUCCAAAAUUUGCCAAAAAGACCAGUUCAAUGCCAAAACCACCACUAGAAAACAACAAGGGAUCAGCAAAAACUGAUGAAAAAGAGACAACAUUUGUGGCUUUGGCAAAAACUGGAAUAGUUGAAAUAGUAAAUGAGCUUCAAAGUAAAAUACCAAGUGACCUCCAAGAAACUACCACACCAGACAAGGAAAGCUUACUGCUUGUGGCCAUGAAGAACAUAAAAAACAAAAUAGGAGAAAACAUUGACAAAAAGGAGACUGCAUAUUUGACUGCAGCAAAAAAUGGCAUAGUUGAAAUUGUGUCUGCACUUCAAUCUAAAAUACCAAGCGUCGUCCAUGAGACAAACUCAAACCAUGAAAACGUUUUGCUUUUGGCAGUCAAGAAUAGGCAACCCAGUGUUGUUGAGGUGUUACGGAGGAAUUUGGACAAGGAACUCUUUUAUAGUCUAAUUUUUGAAGUGGAUAAUAAAGAGAACACUGUGUUACACGUGGCAGCUGGUACAUCAAGCAACAACGAAAAGACUUGGCAGAUAGCCGGUGCUGCCAUGCAAAUGAUGUGGGAUAUCAAGUGGUACCAGUACAUCAAGAAUCUAGUGCCAGAGCAUUUCAUUUUCAGAAACAACAAAGAUGAAAAAACAGCAGGGGAAAUCUUCAAGGACAAACACAAAGACCUUGUCAAAAACAGCUCGGAGUGGCUGAAGGAAACAUCCGAAUCCUGCUCUGUCGUGGCGGCGCUCAUUGCAGGCGUCUCCUUCGCGACAUCAAGCACCGUCCCCGGCGGUACAGAGAACGGAAAACCCUCACUGGAAGGCCAACCGGCAUUUGACACGUUCGCCAUAGCUUCCCUUAUCGGACUCUGCUUCUCCGUCACCGCGCUUGUAAUGUUCCUUGCCAUACUCACCUCUCGAAAGCAAGCUGAAGACUUCCGCAGGAGCUUGCCGCUGAAGCUUCUCUUCGGCUUGAGCUCCCUCUUCGUGUCCAUUGCUUCCAUGCUCGUUUCCUUCUGUGCCGCGCAUUUCUUCGUGCUCAAGGACAAGUACAAGAAUGUGUUGUUUCCUGUUUAUGUCGCCACUUGCUUGCCCGUGACUUUCUAUGCAGUGGUGCAGUUUCCUUUGUACGCUGAUCUUGUUAAAGCCAUUUUCAAGAAGGUGCCACAACCGAGUUAUAAAAGCGACCAUUUGUAGAGGUUCUGAAUAUAUCUUCUUAUUUCUUAUGAUGACUAGUUGUUGUAAUUUAUGCUUAUCAUUUGAUUAUGACAAUGCUCAAAGUUGCCACAUAUUGUUGAAUUGAAAUGGAUAGUAUUGCUUCUAUGUAACAAAAAUGCUACGUAGACCACAUAACAGUAGAACAGAGCAGUAUCGACUUUGUUUAGACAAUGUUAUGUAGUCCAAUCCAUUUAUUAAACUGAUGACUUGGUCAUAAGUAGCUUCAUAUGCAGCUCUUUUGAAAUAAGCACGUACAAAGUGUGUUUGAUCAUCCCCUUGAAGGAAAUCUCAGCUGCAUCAUGUCUACAAAGGAUUCCCACAAGCUCCCAAAAAUUGUAGUUGCUCUUUAAAAUCUACAAUGAACUUGUUGCUCAACUAAGUGUGAUCAGUCUCAAACUUAUCAUCUCCAGCCCAAUGUGGCAACCAGUUGUGUUAGGAUCCAAUAUAUUAGGGAUUUAGGUUAUUAUUUUAGGAGCUUACAUUUCAUUUUGAGAGUCUAUCUCUUAUUAUAGGAUAUUAUCUUUUAUUAGGAGUCAUAUUAGGAGCAUAUCUUUUAAGAACCAUUGCUCCACACCUUGGAGAAAUUCAUCAAAUGUUAGCAUCAUACCCUGGUCGUGAUGCUAUCAGUUGUAAAUGGGUUUUCAAGUUGAAAAGAAAUUCAGAUGGCACUAUUAAUAAUCACAAAGCUCGGCUUGUCGCUAAGGGCUUUCAUCAACAAGAAGGUUUUGACUGUUUUGAGACUUAGUCCUGUUGUAAAGCCUACUACCAUCAGAAUUGUACUCACAUUGGCUAUCUCUUUAGGCUGUGUAUUCAGCAAAUUGACAUCAAUAAUGCCUUCUUGAAUGGAGAGUUGCAAGAGGAAGUUUACAUGCAACAACCUCCAGGAUUUGUUCAGAGCAAUGGUGCUCUAGUGUGCAAGCUACAAAAAGCUCUUUAUAGCCUCAAAGGCUCAAACAGGCACCACGAGCUCGGUAUGCUAAGUUAAAUCAUGUU